AUGUCCGGCGCUGCGACACCCCACGCACCGGCUUCGGCAAGGGCGUCGGUUGCACCUACCCCAGCACAGGCGCCGCCGCCGCCCGUGUCUGCCCUCCCGCCGCCGUCAACGUUCGACAUUCUCCCGGACCUGCAUCGCGUCCUCAGUCGACUCAUCAACACGUCCGUCCAGCCUCCCGGAGCUGCCCCGACCCCGGGCCAGCCGUCCACCGAUGGUCCUCUCGACAUCCAACAGGUCUCGACCGCUGCGACCGAGGUCAAGCUCAAGCUGCAAAAGGCGCGCAAGGCCGUCAUGGCGCUACCCGACAUCGACCGCUCCAUUGAGGACCAGCAGGACGAAAUCCAGUUCCUCGAGGCGCGUAUUGCGAAGCUGAAAGCUGCGCUGCAGGAACUCGGAAAGCCAGCCCUGGAAGCAGAGGACGUUGAUCAGAGUAUGACGGGGUGA